AUGAAUACGAUGAAUAAUUUAAGUAAAAUUCGUGUUAGAAGCCUAGAAGAACUUAAUAACAAUCAAAAUGUAUUAGUCAUAAGUCAGGGUUGUCAGUCUCAAGAUAGUUUCUUAAUAAAAGAUUCAAGUUGUCCCAACGUUCUAUUUGAAAGUGAAGGAAGCUUAUUGAAGAAAACCAACGAAACCUUAACAGAUCUACGAGAAGAAGGAAUUGUACACUUGAAAACGACAAUAAUGGAAACGGAAUCGAAUAUUGCCAACCCAGUACUUAACUCAAAAGUAGAACUAACGGGUACUGUAACAGACUCAAUUCAACACAAAACGAAACAAUUUGAAUUGAAGUACGAUUUUCCAAAUAAAAACAAUAUUCUUGAAAUAGACCAAACCCAUUCCGUUGAUCUUACGAAAGAGGAUUCUCUAAGUUCACAAGAACUGUCAAAAACUUCUCAAUUUUCCGGUGAUUUAGAAGCCGAGGAGUUAAGUGCAAUCCUCGUUAAAAGAUACAACAAUGAAACUGAUGUUGGUGUAGCUUCUGAACUUUCUGAAGAAAUUUCAAACGAAUCGUUCUGUCUUAUGGAUUUUGUUGAAACGGUAUAUGGAGACGGAUGUAAUGAAAUUGAUGAAGAUAAAUCUGCAGAAAAUUCUGAUGGUAUUCGUCAAUCAAAUAUUGAUGCAGAAAAUACUGUGGUGUCUCAUGAUGACAGUCCAUCCUUUCACUAUGAAAGAGUGGCAACUGAGAGAAUAGUUCACAGUGAAAGUGAAAAGAGUCAAUCGACAAACUUCAAAACUUAUGAAAACACAAUUUCUGAGGCAAGAACUCACAUAGCAGAUCAACAUUUUGAUGCAAAGAAAGAAAACACUUACAAACUUGAUGGAGUGUCAUUAAAUCAGAUUGCUUCCCUUCACCACAAAGGUAUAGCGGGCACAAGUUUUUCCAUUGAUGAUUUCAAAUAUGGACGAAAAACAAAAGUAACCGCCAUUUUUUUAACACAUUUCAACUGGGAUCAUUAUCACAGCCUAAAAGGAAAUUUAUCGAAGCCAAUUUAUCUGUCAAGGAUUACAGCUAAAAUACUGCGACAGCUAAUACCUGUAAAUGAAUCAAUGCUUAACGUGUUGGACAUAAACAACACCGUUAAAGUCAAUGAUGUAAAAGUAACUGCAUUAGAUGCAAAUUAUUGUCCGGGUGCUAUUAUGCUUUUAUUUGAACUGCCAUCGGGACUUCGUAUUUUAUAUACAGGAGAUUUUCGAGCUUCGUCGGAAAUGGACCUUAAUCCACAUCUUACAGCGAGGAAGAUUGAUCUUUUGUAUUUGGAUAUGUCAUAUAUAUCCAGAAGAAAUAAUCUCAGUCUAAGAAAGGUUCCAUAUCAGUCUCAGGAAAAGAAUAUAUCUGAUGCUCUAAAAGUAAUUCGGGAAUUCAAAAAAGCCCAUAUCGACAAACGAAUAUUAUUUGUUUUUGGUCAUCGUGCCUUUGAAAAUGAUGAGUUAUGGUUGCAAAUAGCUGAUACAUUUGACUUUAAAGUAUGGACUGACGAAUUUCGGGCAAAAAUGCUCAAUGCAAUCAGAAGUGACGAAUAUACCCAAAGAAUUGUGCCAAAUGCUCAACAAGCUGACAUGCAUUUGAUACAACAUUCUAAUAUUAGCGCUAAUGGUGUUAACGAGUAUUGGAAGGGAUUCAAAGAUACUUAUGACAUGUUGCUGGCAAUAAAACCAAAUCAGUGGGUAAAUCAUAAACGUAUUACAACCUACAAAGGUGAGAUAAAUAUUGCCGAAAUUGAAUAUUCUGGCCAUUCUAAUGAAAGUGAAAUACGACGGUUUUUGACUUUUUUACUACCAACCCGUGUGAUAACAAUCGUUCCUGCUGGUAAGGAUCGCAAAAUGUACCCUGAAGCACCAUUAUCUUGGUAUAAACCAAAAUGGUUAUCACCAGUUAUGAAGCAGGCUUCAAUGUUUGAUUUUUUCCAAGCAAAGCAGAGCAAAUAA